AUGUCUACCACUGUUGAAAAAAUUAAGGCCAUCGAAGAUGAAAUGGCUAAAACUCAAAAGAACAAAGCUACCUCUUUCCAUUUAGGUCAAUUAAAGGCCAAGCUAGCGAAGUUAAGAAGAGAAUUGUUGACUAGUGCCUCAGCAGGUUCUGGUGGUGGUGCAGGUAUUGGGUUUGAUGUAGCAAGAACUGGUGUCGCUAGUGUUGGGUUUGUUGGAUUUCCGUCUGUGGGGAAAUCAACUUUACUUUCUAAAUUAACAGGUACUGAAUCCGAAGUUGCAGAAUAUGAGUUUACCACCUUGGUUACUGUUCCUGGUGUUAUUCGUUACAAAGGUGCCAAGAUCCAAAUGUUAGAUUUACCUGGUAUUAUUGAUGGUGCUAAGGAUGGACGUGGGCGUGGUAAACAAGUUAUUGCUGUUGCCAGAACAUGUAAUCUGUUAUUUAUAGUUUUGGAUGUUAAUAAGCCAUUGAACCACAAACAAAUCAUUGAGAAAGAACUAGAAGGUGUUGGUAUCCGUUUGAAUAAACAACCACCCGAUAUUUUGAUUAAAAAGAAAGAGAAGGGUGGUAUAUCCAUUACAAAUACAGUUCCAUUGACCCACCUGGGUACCGAUGAAAUUAGAGCUGUUAUGAGUGAAUACAGAAUUAAUAGUGCAGAGAUUGCUUUUAGAUGUGAUGCCACCGUAGACGAUUUAAUUGAUGUUUUGGAAGCACAAAGUAGAAGAUAUAUGCCAGCAAUUUAUGUUCUUAACAAGAUUGAUUCUCUAUCCUUGGAAGAAUUAGAAUUACUAUACAGAAUUCCCAAUGCGGUUCCAAUUUCUUCCGGAAAAGAGUGGAAUUUAGAUGAACUGUUACAAGUUAUGUGGGAUAGAUUAAACUUGGUUCGUGUAUAUACGAAACCUAAAGGACAAAUUCCAGACUUUACAGAUCCAGUUGUUUUGAGAUCAGACCGUUGUAGUGUGAAGGAUUUCUGUAAUCAAAUUCACAAAUCUUUAGUGGAUGAAUUUAGAAAUGCAUUGGUUUUUGGUAGCAGUGUUAAGCAUCAGCCGCAAUAUGUCGGUUUGGGUCAUGUUCUUGAAGAUGAAGACGUCGUCACAAUUUUGAAGAAAUAA